CCAAAAAUUGACAUUACAAAGAAAUAAAAUUUAUGUCUCUGAGCAAAAUAUAAAUGUAAGCAUUUGUACAGUGAUUGAUGCUGGUCUUGUCUGGUGUGGGUGGCCAUAUUUUUCAGUCUUUAACCAACCACGUUACUUACUCCAACUAGUUCAACAUUCAACACUAGCAGAGAAAAAAGAGAGCACCAUUUUCUUUUCUUUUUUAACUUCCUCUUGAUUUGAAAUUUGGAAAAUGAACCAAGAAAUGAAUGGAGUUGAGUUGGAAAAUCAUCAAGAGAAGAUUGACUAUGUGUUCAAAGUGGUGGUGAUUGGCGACUCAGCCGUGGGCAAGACUCAGUUACUGUCCAGGUUUGCAAGAAACGAGUUCUGUUUUGACUCAAAAUCCACCAUUGGGGUUGAAUUUCAGACCAGAACUGUCACCAUUAAAUCCAAAGUCAUUAAAGCCCAGAUCUGGGACACUGCUGGCCAGGAAAGGUACAGGGCAGUAACAAGUGCUUAUUACAGAGGUGCUCUAGGGGCUAUGUUAGUGUAUGACACGACCAAAAGACAGAGUUUUGAUCAUGUGGCUAGAUGGGUUGAGGAACUGAGGGGACAUGCUGAUAAUUCCAUUGUGAUCAUGUUAAUUGGGAACAAAGCAGAUCUUGUGGAUUUGAGGGCUGUCCCAACUGAGGAUGCCGUGGAGUUUGCAGAAAACCAAGGCCUUUUUUUCUUUGAGACAUCAGCACUCAAUGGUGACAAUGUAGAACCUGCUUUCUUUAAACUGCUCGAGGAAAUUUACAAUGUGGUUUCGAGGAAGGCAUUGGAUUGCAGCAAUGGAAACGCCAACGAGAACAAUGGAGGUCUGCUUAAAGGUUUGAAAAUUGACGUAAAAUCUGGUGCAGAUUUUGAAGUUAGUGAAAUCAAGAAAUUGUCAACAUGCUCUUGCUAAUUAUCUUUAGUGGGUAAAAAGCAUUUGAGAACGUUCCAAUUUAGUGCUGUCGUAGAAGAAAAAAUGGGCUGUUUCAAAUGAAUUUUCAUUUGCUGUACCUUCGAGUGGAAAGUGUCGGUCGGUGUCGGUUGGUGCCGUAUCCCAUUUGGAAUUAUGUUAUAUAAUAUGGUUUGAUCCAAUGAACAUUCUUUUCAGCA